CUUGGAUUUGGUGCCCGCUUGACAGCAGACGCCAUUAUCAAACAUGUGAUAGCUCCCGGCGAUGCUUCGGUACUAUCUCGGUAGAUCUCUACCAAAUCUAAUCUCACCAUCCAAGCAAGUUUGUUGCGACUUCACCCGCGACAUCGUCGACGUCCCUGUGUACAAGCAUCUGGGAUACACAACUCAUCAUCCCCCUACAUCAUGGCUGCUUACCGCAUACCCACAUUCCGGACCCUCCUCCGCCAACCACUCGCAAACCCACGCACCUGCCAACGUCGCUGGGCCCGUGUCCUCGAUGUCCGCUAUCUCGCAACCCACAGCGACCCAGACGAGCGCGUACUCACCAAGUACAAAGCAAAGCUCGAGUCCAAGGCACAAGAAAAGGGUCUAAAAGAUGUAUCAGAGCUCAAGCAAGCCUACAAAGACAAGAUCGAAAAACUGCGAAACGAAGCCGCAGUACCAGGCGCAACAGCACCACUAACACCACCGCCCACGCCCUCCCCAUCACCCUCCCCACCAUCCUCGAAUCCCUCCUCGCCCACGAAAACCACGCCUCCCAAAUCCCCAUGGCCAGCACCUCCCUCUGCCCCGUCCCCAACAAACAACCCCUCCGAUCCCCCACCACCCCCCGGCGUAAAAACCCUCUCCUCCUUCCUCGACGUGCCCAAAGUCUCCACCCUCCCAAACCCAGAAAUCGAAACCCUCUGGCGCCUCCGCCACGCACACAAUCAGCAAUCGCUGCACUUCACCCUUCCCUCGGCAACCUUCACCACGCUCCUCUCAACCGCAAAACAGCACCCUUCUUUUGUCCUGCCGCUCCCCCGCACUGUCCCCGACGCGCAGACAGAAGUCUCCAAAUCCCCGGCCUCCCACCAAGCUGCUGAACUCCACUACCUCCAAUUCACGCACCCGCAUCCCAAUACCACAACAUUGCUCUUCACCACGCUUGCGGAGUUUAAGCUCAGGGGCGAGUUCGCGGCGCCGCAUACCACGAUUACGUUCCAUGCUGAGCUUGCGGAGAGUCAUGGGUUGGUGCUCGGUCAGGGGGAGGUGAUGGAGAACAAGGGCGUUAGUGUGGACGAUGCGAGGUGGUUGGUUAUGUGUAUGCAGAAGUUUUAUGUGGUGGGAGGCGAGGAAGGGAUUAAGAGGGGAGAGCUGUUGAGGCUGUUUUCAAAGGGCGAUCAGGGAUUCAAGGUUGAGCAGUUGUUGGAGGAGGCGGAGAAGAUUCUGUAG